AUGAAGAAUCUUGGGUCGCUCCGAAUUCUUCUCCUUUGCUGUCUCUUUGUCUCCUCCACCAACAUAGUUUCCGUUUCUUGUCUAAACUCAGAUGGGUUAACUCUACUCUCACUUCUCAAGCACUUGGACAAAGUACCAAAAGAAGUAACUUCGACAUGGAAGACAAACGCAUCUGAAGAAGCUACUCCUUGUAAAUGGUUCGGUAUCACCUGUGAUGAUUCUUCCAAGAAAGUUACGUCUCUCAACUUCACUCGCUCAGGGGUUUCAGGCCAAUUGGGUCCUGAAAUCGGACAGCUCAGAAGCUUAGAGAUUUUGGAUCUGAGCACUAACAGUCUCUCCGGUCCAAUACCUUCUACUUUAGGAAACUGUACCAGUCUCCUGUAUCUGGAUUUGUCUGAAAAUGAGUUCACUGGUGAGAUCCCAGAAACUCUCGGAAACUUGAAGAACGUUCAAGAUCUCUAUCUCUACGAAAACUACCUCACCGGUGAGUUACCUGAAUCCUUGUUUCGAAUUCCCGGUUUGCAGACUUUACACGUUGAGUACAACAACCUAACCGGUCCGAUUCCUCAAAGUAUUGGCUCGGCUAAAGAAAUCUUGGACCUUCGUUUGUUUGAGAAUCACUUCUCCGGUAACAUCCCUGAGUCGAUUGGUAACUGCAGUAACCUCCAGCUUCUGUAUCUGCACAAGAACGAGUUAUCCGGUUCGUUGCCUGAAAGUCUCAACCUUUUGAAGAAUCUCACUGACCUGUUCGUUGGUAACAACACCUUAACCGGACCAAUCCGUCUCGGUUCAACAAACUGCAAGAAUCUCCUGACCUUAGACCUGUCCUACAAUGGAUUCGAAGGUGGUGUUCCUCCUGAGUUAAGCCACUGCAGUAGCCUUGAAGCUCUAGUCAUUGUCAGUGGUAACUUGUCAGGUACUAUUCCUUCAUCGUUAGGUAUGUUGAAGAAGCUCAAAACCAUUAACCUCUCCGAGAAUCGUCUCUCUGGAACCAUCCCUCCAGAGAUAGGAAACUGCAGUAGCUUAAACAUGUUGAAGCUCAACAACAACCAGCUUCAAGGCCUUAUACCAAGCGCACUGGGGAAGCUGAAGAAGCUAGAAAGUCUCGAGCUUUUCGAAAACCGGUUCUCGGGGGAGAUUCCGGUAGAGAUAUGGAAGAUUCACAGUCUUGCUCAGCUGCUAGUUUACCAAAACAAUCUCACAGGAGAGCUUCCUGUGGAAAUGACAGAGCUCAAGAACCUAAAGAUCGUCACGCUCUUCAACAACAGCUUUCACGGACCGAUCCCACAUGGUUUAGGUGUGAACAGCAGCUUUGAAGAGCUUGACUUCAUCAGCAACAAACUCACAGGAGAGAUACCUCCGAAUCUCUGCCAUGGGAAGAAGCUGCAAGUUCUCAACUUGGGAUCUAAUCAGCUUCACGGUGAAGUACCUACUUCUAUAAAUCACUGUAAGACCAUCAGGAGAUUCAUACUUAGAGAGAACAACCUCUCAGGUCCACUUCCUGAGUUUUCCUCUCAGGAUCAUAGCCUUUCGUUUCUUGAUUUCAACAGCAACAACUUCCAAGGACCGAUCCCUAAAAGCCUCGGAAGCUUGAGGAACCUCUCGAGCAUCAACUUGUCACGAAACAAACUCAAAGGAGAGAUACCUCCACAGCUUGGCGAUCUAAAAUCCCUCGGAUACUUAAAUCUUUCACGUAACUUUCUUGAAGGCUCUCUCCCAUCUCAGCUAUCUAACUGUUCGAGUCUCGAGCGGUUUGAUGUUGGUUACAACUCGUUAACCGGUUCGAUCCCUUCCAGCUUUAGCUCCUGGAAAGGGUUAGCCACUUUGGUUCUCACAGAAAACCGGUUCUCAGGAGGCAUCCCACCGUUCUUGUCUGAUCUCGUAAAGCUCUCUGAUCUUCGGCUUGCAAGAAACGCGUUCGGCGGUGAGAUUCCUUCGUCGUUAGGGUCGUUACAGAAUCUCAUCUACGGUUUGGACCUGAGCGGAAACGGAUUGACCGGUGAGAUUCCAGUGAAGCUGAGGAGUCUUGUUAGUCUAACAAGACUCAACUUCUCCAACAACAACUUGACUGGCAAUUUAUCAGUUCUUGAGGAUCUCACCUCUUUGCUUCACGCUGAUGUCUCCAACAACCACUUCACCGGACCAAUACCGGAAAAGUUAAAGAAUCAGUUGAUCUAUGAUCCGUCGUCGUUUUCGGGGAAUCCAAACCUCUGCAUCCCUCAUUCCUUCCCGGUUAGCAACAACAGCCAAACCGAGUUUGAUUACUGCGACGAUCAAUCCAAAACCGGAGGGCUCAGCGCCUGGAAAAUCGUACUUAUCGCGGUCUUUGCCGCUUUGUUCUUCGUGGUUUUGGUUCUUGGUCUUGUCUACAUUUGCCUACGCCGUGGCAAAGAAAGAGGAAGAGAAAGAGAAAGACCAGAGAAAGAUGCUUAUGUCUUCACAGAGGAAGGUCCAUCUCUGUUGCUGAGCAAAGUUCUUGCAGCAACAGACAACCUAAACGAGAAGAACAUCAUCGGGAAAGGAGCUCACGGGAUCGUCUACAGAGCAUCAAUGGGCUCAGGGGAAGUCUACGCGGUGAAAAGACUCGUCUUCGCGUCUCACAUCCGCGCGAACCAGAGCAUGAUGAGAGAGAUCGAGACGAUCGGGAAAGUCAGGCACAGGAACCUGAUCAAGCUGGAAGGUUUCUGGCUGAGGAAAGACGACGGCUUGAUGCUUUACAGAUACAUGCCUAGAGGAAGCCUUUACGACGUGCUUCACGGUGUGAGCUCGAAAGAAAACGAGCUUGACUGGUCUGCGAGGUUCAAUUUAGCGCUCGGUGUCGCUCACGGAUUGGCGUAUCUACACUAUGACUGUCAUCCUCCGAUCGUUCACCGUGACAUUAAACCGGAGAACAUACUCAUGGAUUCGGAUUUGGAGCCUCACAUUGGUGAUUUCGGUUUGGCUCGCCUUCUUGAUGACUCAACCGUCUCAACCGCCACCGUUACCGGCACCACCGGCUACAUCGCCCCAGAGAACGCAUUCAAGACAGUGAGGGGAAGAGAAUCAGAUGUAUACAGUUACGGAGUUGUGUUGCUGGAGCUAGUUACGAGGAAGAGAGCGGUGGACAAAUCGUUCCCGGAGAGUACAGAUAUAGUGAUUUGGGUGAGAUCUGUGUUGAGCAGCAGUAACAGUAAGAAUGUCGACGACAUGGUGACGACAAUCGUGGAUCCGGUUCUGGUGGACGAGCUUCUGGAUUCGAAUCUGAGGGAGCAGGUGAUCGAAGUGACGGAACUGGCGCUGAGUUGUACGGAGCAAGAUCCGGCGAAGAGACCGACGAUGAGAGAGGUGGUGAAACUGUUGAUCGAUGCGAAAGGUCUUGUUAGAAGCUCCGAUAGUUCAGUUCGAUCGCUGUCGCUAGUAUAG